AUGACUGCUCCCAGUAUCCCCAGUUACCCCGGCGUACACGCGGUAGCGGUGGUUGAGCCGGGGGUGCCCGUGGAUGCCGUAGCGCGUCCCCAGCGCUCCCUGGGCGCGGCGCUGGCCGUAGAAGACGCGGCGCACGCGGGCGUGGAGCAGCGCCAUGGCGCACAGCGCGCACGGCUCCCGCGUCACGAACACGUCGCAGCCGCGCAGCAGGUAACCCCCCGUGACGUCGUCGGCCGCGGUGACGUCAUCGGCGGCGGCGGCGCCCACCUCGGCCGCCCCCGGGAUCACGUGACCCGUCAGGUCCAGGGGGGCGGAGCCCAGGGAGGCGGCGAAGUCGUCGAGACGGCGGAUGACGUCAUCGUGAGCCCCCGUGACGUCAUUGUGAGCCCCUGUGACGUCAUCGUGAGCCCCUGUGACGUCAUCGUGAGCCCCCGUGACGUCAUCGUGAGCCCUUAUGACGUCACCGUGAGCCCCCGUGACGUCAUCGUGAGCCCCUGUGACGUCAUCGUGAGCCCUCGUGAUGUCAUCGUUACCCCUUGUGACGUCAUUGUGAGCCCCUGUGACGUCAUCGUGGGCCCCUGUGACGUCAUCGUGAGCCCUCGUGGCGUCAUCGUUACCCCUUGUGACGUCAUUGUGACCCCUUGUGACAUCAUCCUGACCCUUUGUGACGUCACCAUGGCCCCUUAUGACAUCACCACGGCCCCUUGUGACAUCGCUGCGACCGCUCAUGACAUCAUCGUGAGCCCUCAUGACGUCACCGUGACCACUUACGACAUCAUAAUUACCCCUUAUGACGUCAUCACUGUGUUUUAUGACGUCACAGUGACCCCUUAUGAUGUCACCGUGACCGGUGGUGAUGUCAUUGUGAUGGCGUAUGAUGUCUCCGGCGGCGGCGGUGACGUCAUUGCGGUCGCCGAUGACGUCAUUGCCCCCGAACCUGGCGACCUUGGCCCCGACGCCGCCGUCGUCGUCCCCGGGGUGUCCCCGGCGCCGCCGCGCCCUCCCCGUGACGUCACCGUCCUUGGUGAUGACGUCAUCGCGCUGUCCCUGACCACAUGA